GAUGUCUCCCUUGUCACGUUGCAGUGUGUGUGUGUGUGUCUUCGUUGCCGCUGUGCUGGUCCACACUUUACAGAUGACAGAGACGCCAUUUUGAAAAGCAAAUUGUUCAUAGCACACCCGCACUGAGAACUGGAACUAUGCCGCGGGGCCGGCCUCGCAAACUGAGAGUUAUAAGCAACGACGAGACAGAUGCCAAUGAAAACAAAGUGGUCGGUUUCAGUGAUGGCGAAGUCAAGGACAAGAAGUGUGCAAUGUGUUCGCAUAUAUUUACCACGGAGAGCCAGCUGCAGAAGCAUCUCCGUGAGCAUGAGAUCAAUGACAAGCCUUAUCGAUGUGACCAGUGCCCACAGACGUUUAAUGUGGAGUUCAAUCUCAGGAUCCACAGGUCCACACAUGCCACCUCGGACUUUACCUGUCCUGUUUGCUAUAAAUCGUUCUCCCGCAUUGCUAGUCUCAAAUCCCAUACUAUGCUGCAUGAGAGGGAAGAGAAUUUGAUCUGUGUCGAGUGUGGGGAUGAGUUUGUUCUUCAGAGCCAGCUCUCUCUGCACCUGGAGGAGCACCGCAAAGAGUUGUCCGGCACCAAGGUCUACACUUGCAAGACGUGUGGCAAGGAGCUCAAGACAUCUGCACAUCUUAAGGAACACAUGAGGAAUCACAUCAAAAUGAGACCGCUGUCCUGUAAUUCCAGAAACUACAAAAAAAACAUUGAUCGCAGUGGGUUCACCAACAGUUGCCAUCAUUGUGGAAAGGCUUUCAAAAAGCCCAGCCAGCUUGUCAGACAUAUACGAAUACACACAGGAGAAAGGCCCUACAAGUGCUCACACUGCAGCAAGGCUUUUAACCAGAAGGUGGUACUGCAGACUCACAUGGUGAGACACACUGGGGAAAAGCCUCACCUCUGCAUAUUUUGCCCAGCUUCCUUUUCCCAAAAGGGGAACCUGCAUUCCCAUGUUCAGAGGGUUCAUUCGGAGGCAAGAGGUGUGCCGUUGUUUCCGUGUUUGGACUGCAGCUGUGUAUUUAAGAAGUUGGGCAGUUUGAACGCACACAUCAGCAAGAUGCACAUAUCGGUGAUCGAUGUACCGUCCAGCGCUUCGGAGACAGACACAGGAGGUCCUGCGGGGUCAGAGGGCGGAGAGGCAGUCACAGAUGUCAUCCAGCAGCUUCUUGAACUCUCUGAACAAGUCAGCGGAGAAACACCCCAGCCCCAACCCCCAGAGCCAGCUAUUACCAUGGAAACUGCCAUCAACCAAGACAUCCUGCAACAAGCUUUGGAGAACAGCGGACUGAGUGUGGCACCAACACAAAAUGAGAAUGGCAGUGACAGAAAGCCUCAGAACCAGGCAUCCGAGGGUUCCAAUGUGGUGGUGAAAAAGACGUCGCUUCCAGAUAAAGUUUCCAGAGAAAGAAAAAGAAGCAUUUUUAAGAAACCUGUUCAAAUGCCAGGAUCCAUCAGGGAGGAGAAUGGCGUCCGCUGGCAUGGCUGCCCAUAUUGCUCCAAGGAAUUCAAGAAGCCGAGUGACCUUGUCCGCCACAUCCGCAUCCACACCCACGAGAAGCCUUUCAAGUGCAAACAGUGCUUCAGAGCAUUUGCUGUCAAGAGUACCCUCACAGCGCAUAUGAAAACUCAUACGGGCAUAAAGGCAUUUGAGUGUCAGUGCUGCCUGAAGUGUUUCUCCACUUCUGGUAGCAUGAAGGUGCAUAUGCGCCUGCAUACAGGUGUUCGUCCUUUCUCCUGCCCUCACUGUGAUAAGAUCUUUCGCACAUCAGGACACAGAAAAACACAUAUAGCCUCUCAUUUUAAAAACUUGCAGCAGAAGAAGCACAAGUUUCCACGAAAAGCAAACAAAGCUAAAGUGUCAAAGAACAAUUUACCCUUACCUGACAUCCCACUGCAAGAGCCCAUUCUUAUUACUGACUUUGGCCUCAUCCCAUCUCAGAACCCUCGCCUGGCUUUCCAGCAGUACCUGGAGGUGGUGGGCACUGAUAGGCCAUAUAAGUGCCAGUUCUGCAAUAAGGCUUAUAAGAAGUCUAGCCAUCUGAAGCAGCAUGUUAGGUCUCAUACAGGAGAAAGACCAUACAAGUGUUCGCAGUGCGGUCGAGGUUUCGCAUCUUCAGGGGUUCUCAAAGCCCAUAUCAGAACCCACUCAGGACUUAAGGCGUACAAGUGUGUCAUGUGCGACACAACGUUCACCACCAGCGGUAGCCUGCGGCGCCACAUGACAACCCACAGUGACCUACGACCUUACAUGUGCCCUUACUGCCAAAAAACCUUCAAGUCAUCUCCAAACUGUAGAAAACACAUGAAGACACACAGAUAUGAACUGGCUCAUCAGCUGCAGCCGCAGCCAGCGGAAGACCCUCUUGGAGCUGGCACUGUGCCUCAUGAAAUGCAGGUGGACAUGGAGGACAACACGCUUCAGCAACAACCUGAAAAUUCAAAUGAGCAAGAAAACAUGCUGGGUCUUGGCCAAGCAGAGGGUGUAAACGGAAGCCAAACGACACUUGAAGCACCAAUGACUGACCAACCACUACAAGGUGAAGACUCAUAUGUGACUGCCCAACAUGCUUUGUCUCAGAAUAUCACCCAGUUUGAAACGGCGGCCCUUCCUCAGCCCACUUUUGACCAGCAAGCUUUAACGCAAGGCUUUGCAAUGGCUGAGUCGAGUUACAACCAGGGCCAGUUCUCCACUGUCCAGCAGCUACAGGAUUCCAGCACCCUUGAGUCCCAGGCCCUGUCCUCCAGCUAUCACCCACCGAGUCUGCUUCAUGAUCCCAAUGCUGAAGUGACAAACGGGCUUCUUCAGCAGAACAGUCAGGAAGACCUGCAGCUGACCACCGAGCCACAGGAGUACCAAGAAGACAGUGAAGACAACAUCAAGCGAGCAUACAGGUGCAGUUGGUGUAACAAAGGUUUCAAAAAAUCUAGUCAUUUGAAACAGCAUUUGCGUUCACACACUGGAGAGAAACCAUAUAGAUGUCCCCUCUGUGGAAGAGCUUUUGUGUCAGCUGGGGUGCUCAAAUCCCAUCUGAAUACACAUACAGGAGUGAAGCCCUUCAAGUGUAACAUUUGUGACGCCUCAUUCACGACCAAUGGCAGCCUGAACCGCCACAUGAUCAUCCACGCCAAGUCGUUCAAAUGCUCCGUUUGUGACGAGAGCUACAGGACAAGCCUGCUGUGUAAAAAGCACAUGAAAAAAGAGCACACAGUAGAGGACAAAGUUAUUGGUUCGGAAGGUAUGGAAGUGGAGCAAGAGGAUGAGGAGGAAGAGGAGGAGGAGGACGAAGAUGAAGGGGAUCCAAAAACAUCUAAAAGAAGGGGUACGGAAAUCAUCACUUUUACGGAGGAGCAGACGGCAGAACUGGCAAAAGAUCCUGGUGAGGAAGCAUCCGUGUCAGAGAGAAUCCUUGCCCAGUCCGCAGCGGAGAGGGAUCGCAUCAGUGAGAUUAAAGAUAAAGCAGUGGAGCUAGAAACAGAGCCCAAGUUUGCCAACUGCUGCACUUACUGCCCCAAAAGCUUUAAGAAGCCCAGCGACCUUGUCAGACACAUUCGAAUACACACAGGAGAGAGACCCUACAAGUGUGAUGAAUGUGGAAAGAGUUUUACGGUCAAAUCUACUCUGGAUUGUCACGUUAAGACACACACAGGUCAGAAACUGGUCAGCUGCCAUAUGUGCAACACAUCCUUCUCUACUAAGGGAAGCCUAAAAGUGCACAUGCGCCUCCACACUGGUUCCAAGCCUUUCAAAUGCCCUUUCUGUGAGCUCCGGUUUCGGACUUCUGGCCAUCGCAAAACCCACAUCCAGUGCCACUUCCGGGCUAAUGGCGAGAGACGAAAAUCCAAGCGUACCUCCUCUUCUUCUGGUCAGGCCAGUCACAUUCAAGACUCAGACACCGGGCAUGCUGGGGCCUCGGAUCAAGGCCAGCAUACAACAUCGACAGAAGCACUUCAGCCUGUGGGGAUGCUACAAACCUCCAACGCCGACUCUAAUAUUUACCUCCCAGCAAACCAAGUGCUGACUGGGCAGUUUGACCAGAAUCUGUUACAGUCGGGACUGGUGGGACAGGCAAUUCUGCCUGCCUCUAUGUCAGGAGAUCUGAAUGUCUCCCUCUCUGAUGGCCUGACCACAUUGGAGAGUAUUCAUCUCCAAUUGACGCCUGCCAAUCUGGUGUGCCCGAAUGUGCAAAUCUCUGGCAUCGACGCAGGCAGCAUAAACAACAUCACCCUACAGAUCGACCAGGCACUUCUUCAGCAGACGCUACAACACAGCGGCCUACUUUCCCAGCCUCUAAGUGUCGACACUGGCCUUGUCCUCCACUCCGGCAGUCAGCUCAUGUCCACCAGUGACCCCUCUGUGUCGGCAAAUGUUGUCAUCCACCCCCUGAACAGUCUGACCUUGCAGCCCUCCAACAUUGCACCUGCCCAGGUCACAAUGGCUGGCCUUUCAGAACAAGACACUGCAAGCUCUCAGGACCUCAGCCAUGUCAUGGGUAGUAAUACAGGCAAUAGUAGUCAGGAGAUCACCCUCACAAUCAAUAAUUCCAGCCUGACACAAGCGCUCGUACAGGCCCAGGAAACAGCUUCUGGCACAAACACAUCAGGAACCCCUCAGGAGAUCACACUCACCAUAUCAGGUCAAGAUCUAAUCUCGCAGCACGGCAACACCAACAGUGCAGAGAUGAACGGCAGCAUCAGGCUGGCAUCACCGCUCACUACCCAGCCCACCAGCGCCACUCUGACUAUUUCUAAUGACCACCUUCUACCUCAGAAUCCCACCAACACUGGAAUGGCUGUCACCAGUCUUGCAUCAAGCACUACGCUGUCACACACCUCCUCAUCUCAAAGCCUAGUUUUGUCACCAGGAGUUGUGGCCAAUGAUGGCAGCGUAACACUCACCAUUGCAGAUGCCCAGGGAAUGCUCGAUGGUGUCACUGUGAACCUCAACACACAGGCUCAGACGUUCCCUGCAGUACUGAAUGACCCCAGUCUACCACAAGGGCAGCCUGCCACUUCAGGACAGCCAGUGCUGCUGGUCAGCCAUCAUUCCCAAUCUGCAAUAGGAACAUCUGACAAUGGAUAUCACAUGGCGAAUAAAGGCCGUAAGGGCGAGAAAGGUGACUCCAGUGAGGCUGAUAAUCAGCACACAUGUUUCUACUGUGCUCUUGUGUUCCAAAAUGCCAAUUCUCUCCGCCGCCAUUGCCGACAAGCUCACAGCAAUGACCGUUGCUACGUCUGCAACAUCUGCAACAAGGCCUUCAAGCGAGCAAUGCACCUGAAGGAACAUGAGCGAGUGCACCAGCCAGGCCCAUCGCUGAGCUCCCUCAAACCUAGAGACUUCAGCUGCUCCUCAUGUGGGAAGGCAUUCCCUAAGCGCAGUCAACUGGAAAGACACAACCGCACACACACAGGAGAGCGGCCUUUCAAGUGUUCUCAGUGCGACAAAGCCUUCAAUCAGAAGAGUUCCUUGCAGGUGCACAUGGUCAAACACACGGGCAAAAAGCCCUUUAAGUGUGAGAUUUGCAGCAUCAGGUUCACCCAGAAGAGCAACAUGAGACACCACAUGAAGAGAGCCCACGGCUACGGUCAGAGUCAGGAUGUGACGUUGCGCCAAGAAGAGCCACCAUCACAGGUCACAGUAACACCUGAACUUGACCUGGAAGUGGUGCCGGAGUCAUCUGGAGAUUGGCAUAAUGUCUUCCCGUUAAUGAAUACCGAAAAGACUCUUUAGACAACAAAAGUUUUAGACAACAACGUUUUUCCAGACAUCAUUCAUCUGAUUUUCAUCCAUGUGAUAACCUCCCGAGAUGUCUGUCCUAUUAAAUCUGCUGUAUAUCACAGAUAGGCGACCGCCUCGGUGGCGCUCGCGUUUCGAACAAGCUGUAAUCCCACCCUCUUCCUGGUCCGACCAUGUAAGUGACGCCCCACAAAUACACACACACACGCGCAGCGAAAGAAUAACGUCACGUUGCAAAGGAAAUGUUUGGAAACUGAUUUCACUCACUGAUUCAACAACAAUGUAGCAACCAUAGCAUUUAUUUCUAAAUCCUUUCGUCCUCUAAGAUCUCUUAUGUUGGGCAAGCUCUUUAGCGUCAUCUUCGCCAGCCAGAGUGGCAGUUUUUACAAAGUUUUCUCAAGGCAUUCAAUCAAACUAUUCAGUUUGUCUCAGAAGGAGCUUCACCUCUCAUGUGAGCAGACUUCAUGAUUUCAUGCUCACAGACUUAGACUGGUCAGAUCUAGUUUGAGCGCUUGGUUCCAAAACCCAAAUGAUUUAUCCUCUACAGCAGGGGUGUCAGGCCCGCGAACAGGUUUUAUCCGGCCCGCGGGAUGAGUUUGCUAAGUAUAAAAAUUAACCUGAAAUUUUUGAAUGAAAGAAACUGCUGUUCUAAAUGUGUCCACUGGAUGUCGCAAUAACAAUUCUUUGAAUCUUUGUAGACGAUGCUACAUAUGUACAAAAUAAACCACAUGUUAUUAGUACAUCAGUCAAGGAAAAUGAUCAAACUACAUAAAUAACAUACUGUAAUUUGAUUUUGAUGGGUUUUUUUUAUCUAGAUAGAUUGAAAAUUAACACCAAUGAGUUGACUGAUAAACAUUAUCACAUAAUUUAUUCAGAAAAUAUAAAUAACGACAAAGUAAAUAUACUAUUAACCGCAACAGGUAAUUGUAAAAACAACAACGUUAUGAUUUGUACAAUUUCAGAAUGUGUUUGUUGUAUUUUUAAACAAAAAAAAACAUCUCAAGUUGUCUUUAUUUUGAAGUUAUCGUGCCGUAAUUUUUCUCCACGUGGCCCUCGAUCUAAAAUGAGUUUGACACCCCUACUCUAAAGGAGGGUUGCAUGCCAAGACAAGAAUGGUGUUGUUCUAUUCUGGUGCAGGAUGGCUGUUAAGAUGCAAAGGAGUGACACCUUUGCCAACACAACAGCAGGAUGGAAUCCCAAUUCUCUUAUCCCACUGCAUCUUAACAACUGUUUUGCACCAAAUUAGAGCGAAACCAUUGUUGUAUAUCACGGAAAGGCAGUUGCCUAGAUGGCCACUAUCCUCUACAGCAGUGGUUCUCAACCUUUUUUCAGUGAUGUACCCCCUGUGAACAUUUUUUUAAUUCAAGUACCCCCUAAAGCAUUUUUGGUUGGGAAAAAAAGAGAUAAAGAAGUAAAAUACAGCACUAUGUCAUCAGUUUCUGAUUUAUUAAAUUGUAUAACAGUGCAAAAUACUAUUUGGGAAAAAAAGAUAUAAAAAUAACUAAAAACUUGUUGAAAAAUAAACAAGUGGUUCAAUUAUAAAUAUGUCCACAAAAAAUCUAGCUGUCAACACUGAAUAUUGCAUUGUUGCAUUGUAAUGAAUGGAAUAGCCUACUUGAUUUGAUGUUCAGUUUAUGAACUUACAUUCAUAUUUUCUUGAAGUAUUAUUCAAUGAAUAUAUUUAUAAAGGAUUUUUGAAUUGUUGCUAUUUUUCGAAUAUUUAAAAAAAAUCUCACGUACCCUUUGGCAUACCUUCAAGUACCCCCAGGGGUACGCGUACCCCCAUUUGAGAACCACUGCUCUACAGGAGGAGCGCGUGCCCAGACAAGUAUCCUACUGUUGUGUUGGCAGAAGUGUCGCUCCUUUCCAUCCUAUCAGCCAUUCUGCAGCACAAUAGCGCAAAACCAGACGACAAAUAGUUUGGGUUUUGGCACAGGCAUCAGGACUAGAUCUGACCAAUUCAAGUCUGUGAGCAUGAACUGAUACAGUGUUGUCUGAUGAGUGGCAAUUGUCCAAGACAAACUGAGCAGUCCAUCUGUGAUUGAUUGAAUACUCCGAGAAUAGAUCCAUUGUGCUCACCAUGUCUUCUCAAAUCAUAGGUACAAGAUUAUUGUGUGCAGAGAUGUCUCUUACCUGCUGACAGUUGCCUUCGUCACAGCUGUAUCAAAAAGCAGGUAAGAGACAUUUCCUACUCAAAACAAAACAAAAACAUUAUUUUUUCCUGCACACAAGAAUCUUGUGCAUAUGCCCUAAGAAUACAAUGCCCUAGAUCAGUGGUUCUAAAACAUCUUUCACCAAAUACCACCUAAGAAAACACUUGGCUCUGCAAGUACCACCAUAAUGCCCGACAUUAAAAUACAGUGCGAUAGUAGGACUUAGUAUUCAUUAAACAAACAAGGCAAAGGUUUUAUUUAACAAAUAUAUUGAAUAUUUUGGACAUUACACACAGUUUAACCAGUAACACUGUCUUUGAAUAAAGGAAAAUAAAACAAGGUACUAAAAUAAUGAAUCAAAUCUUUGUCCGACCACUAAAUGAAGCCCGCUUACCACAGUUUGAGAAUCCCUGCCCUAGAUGAAUGACAAUAUUCAUAGGCUUUUUUACAAAGUUUCAUUUCUCAUUGAGUCAAACGUCGACAUUUGCGUGUUAUAUGAUGUUCUCCUAAAACGCUAUCACAUACAGCAGAUUUAAGUACAGACAUCCCGAGAACUCGCAAGAGAAGAAAUCACAUUUCUGUAAAAAAAAAAAAAAAAAAAAAAAGAGUCACUUGAUUACUGGUCUGCUCGCUGGGACGAGUGCAGCCAGCGGUACUACUGGAAUGGCUUCAAAAAAGCAGCGGUGCAAGAGCACUUUUUUUUAAUGCUUUAUUUCAUUGUUUGGUUCUCACAUAUUUAUAUUGUAAAUACUCAUUUUUCUGUAGCUCCUUAUGUACAUAGACAGAUUGUUUAUACUUUGGGAUGAUCUUCCACAGCUUGGUGUCAUUUGAGCCUAUUACUGUGCUUAUUGCAAAGCACACAUAUUUUUUCAGUUGUUUUUCUAUUGUCUAUAUAAAAGCCUGAAGAUUAAAGUAAUUUUUAUAUGU